GGAAUCGCACGAGCGACGACUCGAGACUUUUUGGUUGCUGCGUCUACGAAACCUCGACAUUCCGCGGAAUCGCUCGCCUGCGCACUCGACUGCAGAUCCGGCUUUGGAGCAGCAUCAUCCCCCGCAGCCUCCUCACCACACGCCCGUCGACAACUCGCAGCGCCGCGACCGUCGCGGCGGAGACGCCGUCUCGUCCUUUGGCUCCUCGGAGUCUCUCUUUUUUUCCUCGUUUCGCUGCGAGCGAAUGCUAGAUUCUUGCUUUGUUCCAUCGCUUCGGCUGGCACUUGAUUUAAAAAGCACUCCAUCACAAUGGCGACGUCACCAUCUUCGGCCUUGACGGGCGUCAUCAUCGGCCUGGCGUCUUCCUUUGGCUCCAUCGUCCUCAUCUUCCUCGUCAUCUUCAUCUUCUGGGCCUCGGGAUGCGCUGGCUCCGGUCGAAUCAUCCUCGACCGCAUCGGCCGACCGGGUGAAUACGAUGACGAACAGGCGUUUGCGAGGGAAGAGGCCGAGGCCUUGGAGAACAUGGACGACAUGUCCAGGACGGAAUACCUGAGGGCCAAAGCAUUCGUCACUGCGAACCCCCCAGAGUCUGCGCAAACCGAUAUUUCGCUCUCACAAUACCUUGCUAUCCAGGAAAAGGGCGUGUCCGCCUGGGAGUUUGAGCCCGAGCUGGAAAUUGCAAAUUGCUUCGUCCAGGCCCGAACCGAGAUUGAGUUUUUCGAUUCCGAGUGCACCGUCAUGAGCAACCUGCCCGUGCCCAAGCAAAACGACGUCUACUACUGGGAGGCCAAGGUCUACGAAAAGCCCGAGAACACGCUUGUUGCUAUUGGUAUGGCCACCAAGCCAUACCCUCUCUUUAGACUGCCUGGCUUCCACAAGUACUCCGUUGCCUACCAUUCAAACGGCUCACGACACUACAACCAACCAUUCAGCCGAACCCCGUAUGGCCCCCAGAUUGUUACUGGUGAUGUUAUCGGUGUUGGCUACAGACCGCGAACGGGCGUCAUCUUCUUCACACGAAACGGCAAGAAGCUCGAGGAAGUGGUUCAUGGCUUAAAAUCUCAAAACUUCUUCCCGGCCAUCGGAGCCAACGGGCCCGCGACAGUUCACGUCAACUUUGGUCAGUCUGGUUUCGUCUUCAUCGAGGCAAAUGUCAAGAAAUGGGGCCUGGCCCCUGUCACUGGCAGCCUGGCUCCCCCGCCCCCGUACGGCUCUGAGCAAGGCAGCAUUCUUCUGGAAACCGGUACCAAGGAUGGCUUUACCUCUGCGCAAGGCCGGGCUCAUCGACACUCUGUCAGCGGCACGCCAUACAGCGUUAGAGUUGGCGAGAAUGAUCUCAACGUACAGCACGGACGAUCACGCAGCGGAAAUUUCAGGGUUCUCCCUCCCACCAGCCCCGGUCCUGUCAGGAGUCCAACCGACAUCUCGCUUGCCCAGCUCGUGCCAUCCGAUGAAGGUGGUGAGGCUAGCAGCAGCACACACCCUGCGCACGAACAGCAUUUCGACGGCAACCCGCUUCAGCUCCACCUCGAGGACGCUACCAACCCGCCGCCCGAUUAUUCAAGUCCAACCUAUACCCAGAAUCGCAACCGCCGAUACAGCACGGACAGCGAGGAUGAAAACGCUCCUCUCAUCCAUGUCGUGACUCGCAGCAGGGGUGAAUCUUCGGCAACAAUCCGGCCUGCAGGACAUGGCCAACCCGCCCCGCCCCAAGAUCCUGUCCCGAGUUACAGCGACGCGAUACAACAGGGGGCGAGCCCAAUUCGACGUGAACGAAGCAAUAGCUCUGAGUCCGAAGCCUCGGUCCAAAGUUCGGAGAGCGGGUCCUCAUCUAGCUGAAAUAGUCUGUUAAGAGACAGCCUACGCAACCCACUUGGCAAACGAAUUCACGAAAACAAACCGAACGUCUAGACCCUGCAGAAGAGUCAUCAAAUCGACCCGGUUCACCAAUUUACAUCAUAAGCAAGGAGUCAAGGGUUGAACUGAACAUAUGGAGCCAGGCUACUCAACAAUGGCACUUGCUAUACACACACGCAUGCCAUCACAUUCACAAAUACACACUUUUUGCACACUGUUACAUAUCUCGCACGGGCGCCUUGGAGUUUGAAUAGCAUUGGGAUCUACCGUCACGACGGAUACACAUCGUUUGGGGCUUUUUUUUUGUCUUGAUUGUUUAUUUUAUAUGUGUUAGCAGCCCUCAACCUCUCUCCGCACCUUAGAACAG